AUGACGGCGAAGCAGCGAGACAUGCUCGGGUCGUUCCUCGCACACGGCCUAACCCGAGAGGAGGCCGAGGGCGAGACACUGGUCCAGAUUAUGGCCGGAUCCGACACAACAGCAACAGCGAUUCGAACAACGAUGCUGUAUCUGAUGACCUCUCCAUCAUGCUACUCGAAGCUCGCCAAAGAGGUUCGGGAGGCGGCCCAGUCGGGCAUCAUCUCGUCACCCAUCACCAACCGGGAAGCCAGCGAAUUCCGUUACCUCCAAGCCGUCAUCAAGGAGGGCCUGCGGGUUUUUCCUCCUGUCACGGGUCUCAUGUCGACGACAGUGCCAAAAGGUGGCGACUUCAUGCACGGCAUGAGCAUUCCGGAAGGCACUGACAUUGGCUGGACGGCGUUUGGCGUGCUCCGCUCCAACACAGUUUACGGUCCGGACGCGGACGUCUUCCGGCCAGAGCGGUGGCUCGAAGCAGGUGAGGACCAGCUCAAGGUCAUGAUGGCGCAGUGGGAGUUGGUUUUCAAGUACGGCAAGUGGCAGUGCUUGGGCAAGACGAUUGCGCUCAUAGAGUUGAACAAGGUGUUCGUCGAAAUGAGCACGACUAACUUGCGCAAGCUCCUUCGUCGAUUUGACUUCUCCCUGGUGGACCCGGCUACGCCGUGGAACUCGUUUUCGGCAGGUAUCUUCAUCCAGUCUGGCCUCCUGGUGAGAGUAAGCAACUUCCGUUAA